GAAGACACGCCCACUCCGGGGUUUUCCUCCUCUUGCACUUCCGCAAAGUUUCCACCUCUUCACCUCCUCCUACCUCCUCUUCCUCCUCAGCGAGUCCAGACGCUCCGACACCUUCCGCAGAAACAUGAGUGAAAUCAAGCCCCCCAGUCCCAGUGGGGCCGAGGACAACGGGGAGGAGAAGGACUGGGCCGAGGCCAAGGCUUUCUUUGACAACCUCAAAACCAACAAACCGAGACCUCCCAAAGCGCAGUACGCCGUCACCAUCGCCGUGUCCUCCCGCACCCUCUUCAACAUGGUGGCCGAGAGGAAGAUCUACGAGGAAGAGGGGGUCGAGAAGUACGUGGCGUACCAGGUGGAGCACGAGAGCGAGCCCCUGAAGCCAGGCGCCGCGUUCCCCUUCGUCAAGGCGCUGAUGAACGUCAACGCUCGGCUGAGGGAGCUCUACCCCGACAGCGAGGAGCUGUUUGACAUCGUUCUAAUGACCAACAACCACGCACAAGUCGGGGUGCGCCUCAUCAACAGCAUCAAUCACUACGAUUUGACCAUCGAGAGGUUCUGUAUGACCGGAGGCCAAAGCCCAGUGGGUUACCUCAAGGCCUACUUGACCAACCUGUACCUCUCCAAGGACUCAGAGAAAGUGACAGAGGCCAUAGAGCAAGGAAUCGCUGCAGCCACGAUGUUUACGAUGGACACCCAGAGCCAGCUGAGCGACACUCAGCUCAGGGUGGCGUUCGACGGAGACGCCGUCCUCUUCUCUGACGAGUCUGAGAUCAUCGUGAAGAAACACGGCCUGGACACUUUCUUUGAGCACGAGAAGGAAUUUGAGAACAAACCUCUUGCUCAGGGUCCUUUAAAGUGUUUCCUGGAGGCUCUGGGGAAGCUCCAGAGAAAGUUCUAUGCCAAGAACGAGCGCUUGAACUGUCCCAUCCGAACCUACCUGGUCACGGCCCGCAGCGCCGCCAGCUCGGGGGCUCGCGUCCUGAAGACCCUGCGCAGCUGGGGCCUGGAGAUCGACGAGGCCCUCUUCCUGGCAGGUGCUCCCAAGGGGCCCCUGCUGGGGAAGAUCCGGCCGCACAUCUACUUCGACGACCAGAUGUUCCACAUCGAGGGCGCCAGGGAUAUGGGAACUAUAUCUGCACACGUGCCCUACGGGAUCGGACAGAAGUACCACAAGGGCAAACUCAUCGAGCAGCCCGCUAAAAAGGAAUAAUUAUUUUCAAAUCUAGAGGUUCACCAUUAUGCCUUACACUACUUCCCUUACUGCUGUUUUAGAUGAGAAAAAACAGAUUCCUCACCUGUUGUGACCACAUGUUUACCUUUUGAACGGUUAUAUCAAUGUGUAGUUUAUUUUAUAUAUCUUGUUUUUGGCUUCUGGUUCUUGUCAUGUAAUACAUAACCACAUUGGGAUAAUGCUGUUUAUUUGCUGUGGUUCCUGUUUCUUCUACAUUGGGUCUAUUAUAGUAACAUCACCAGCCAGGUUGAGGGUAUAUUUCCAACUGCAGCCAACAUUUUUUGUUGUCUCACAUUUAAUGUCUGUCUUUGCUGCUGAUGCGCAAACAUUACACUCAAACUUUCACAAUCAUCUCCUGUGAGUUGUUUACACUUAAGCUGUGUAUAUGUCGGGCAUCGCACUGUAACCACACGUUGCUUUCAUGCUUCUAUACGGGAGUGACAACACGAUGUCUGUAUACUGGAGGCGUUUUAAUGUAUUUUAUAUUGCAAAAGCUCUAAGAAUGUAUAAAUAUCUGAAUAUCAUCCAGGAGUUUACACAGUUACACUUGAUUGUAAAUAUAUCAACACUGAUAUUAUUUCUCUCUAUUUUGCAUGUAUUGUUUUUAUGUUGCAGUAACACUGUAAUAUUUUUACACCAUUUGACUUUUUCUAUGCUGUGAUGUGUGUGUUUUGAAAAAAAAAAUGAUGUGGUAGAUAAAUAAAGAAACGUGGACGACA